ACGAUAAUUGAGGAAAGAUAUAGUCAAUCAGUCGGUUGUUGAUUUUCUAGAUUUUUUAGUACGUGAGCAGUGAAACUUAUUACAAUGUCAUGUAUACCGCUCAUCAUGACUUUACUAUUUAUGGGUUUAACGUUGGUCCAUUCCGAUUCACCCGAAGUAAACGUUGCGGAUGGUCUCAAUGAUGAAGUUGAAACCUUCGAUGGCGCAAAAAUGGCACUAAAGCCUUUAGAUCAAGUUCCUGGCGUGAAUCUGUUUUUCAACUUACCGUACAAAUGGUUCGACGAAACGAAGCCAGGCUGUUUUGUGUCCUGGUUUUCGGAAUAUUUUAAUGGCAUAUCAACUACGACGAAACAAGUAGCUGUAAUGUGUAACAGGGAUGACCAAAAGUGGUACAACGAAACGGAUUCAGAUUGGAUUAUUGAACGUCCGGGAGGAGUUGGGAGAGGCUUACAAGGCCAUAUUAUACUGAGGAAUGUUAAGACUAAACAAGCCAUAGAACGUGUGUGGAGCACUGACAAGACAUGGUUAGGUGUGGGUGGAUACCACAAUCUGGACAAGUCUAACGAACACAUGUGGAUGUUUAUGCCCGAUCCCAAUGAUAAGAAUCGUUUUUCACUUUGGCAUACUGACUAUGAAACGACUCAAUACCCAUAUCCCAAUCAUCGGGGCGCUAUGUAUUUGAUAGCAGAAAAAGAUUACAAAGACGGGUAUCCUUACUCACUAUCCCCAUCCAUCGCACUGGAAUUAAAAACAAAAGACUUCGAAUUUCAACCAUUUGAAGAAGAGCUUGAAGAGCAUGCAAGCCCUAAAGCUCUGAUUGACGAAUUUACAAUAGACAACGACAGCCCAGCAACUGUGAGCAGAAAACUUGAGGUGGCGGAAACAGUGACAGACGAGUUCUCUUAUGGAUUUUCGCAGUCAAUUAAAAACGCUAUCAAGAUCACCGGCUCAGUAGGAAUACCACUUGUGGCUGAAGGUAAAGUUGAAGCCACCUUCGAAGUUGGAUUGGGUGCAAACCAAAACUGGAAAACUUCAACGGAUAAAACGAUCAAAAUGUCCUAUACCGUGAAUGUGCCAGAGCACAGUGAGAUAAAAAUAUCAGGGUGGUAUGAUCUAAUAAAAGAUUUAAACAUGGAUUUCACGGCGACAGUCGAAGUUUCAGGAAAAACCCAACGAGUAAACCAUAUUGAUGAAAUUGUUCAUAAUGUGCCAGCUCCUGGCGAUAUGAUUCGAAAACAACUAGAAAAUUCAGGCUUUGAAGGAGAUAUUCUUGAAACGAAAAGCGACUGUGUUAUUGUACGGGUAAAAGGUAAGAUGGCUGUAACAGCUGGCGUUCGCGGUCGACUGGAUAUAAAUGGAGAGACUGUCCAGAAUAUGGAACCAGUUUAAUGGAACGAAUCAAUUUGGAAUAUCUGUUGGUCGGCACAGAUUAAACGAUUUUUUAUUACUAUUGAAAAAAAAACUUGUGGAUGGGUGGAAAAUAAAGAAAAUUUCAAGUUAAAAUGAUUUCUUGUAAUUGUCGUCU